AGAUCAUUUAUUGAUAUCAUCUUUCUACUUUUACCAGCUAUAACCAUGAAUACUUUCAUCGUCGCCGCCGUCCUCGUCGCCGUUCUGUCGGUAGCCUCUGCCUCCCUUUUCGACGAUGAUGAUGGCUUCAUCAUUGGGGCAGGGGGUCACUUCGGUGGUGGUCACCUCGGUGGUGGUCACUUUGGCGGUCACAUGCAAGGAGGAUAUCCCAUCGUCAAGGGAUCAGGUCUGCCCUGCAAGAAGCACUACGGUCACGGUGGUUACGUAAAGGGUGGUAUGAUCACAAAAGGCUACCCAACUGUUUACACUACCGGCGGUCAAUACGGAGGUUCCCAGAUGUACGGUGCCGGUCAGUAUGGUGGUUCCCAGAUGUACGGUGCCGGUCAGUACAGAGGAUCCCAGAUGUACGGUGCCGGUCAGUUCGGAGGAUCACAAUUGUACAGCGGUGGUCAGUACAACGCAGGAGCCGGACAAUACAGUGGUGGACAGCAGACGUAUGCCAGCGGUCAACAGUAUUACCCUAGCCAAACUAUCUACUGAAUACGUAACAGGAAUGAUUGAGUCCCAGAGAUGAAGAUGACGCGAUGACUGGGGAGCUUGAUACUUAGCCGUCGUUAUUUGUUGUAUUUAUUCUGUUUAAGUUUUUGUAAAUAAAACAACAUCGAAACCUUA